GCUCAGUGGCGGUCCGGUGAAGGUUUCUGUUGCGGGGCCCGCGGGGCCGACUAGCGCAACCGGAACUAGCCGUCGCGGGGCCGGCCUCCCUCCUCUCCCGCGGCCUUGUCGUCGUCCCCGGGUCUCCCUCGUCCUUCUCUCCCGCUUCACCCCCUCCCCCGAAGCUCCGAAAUAGCCGUCAUGACCGCGACGGCAUGGCCGCGGCUGUUGCUGUUGUCGCUCGUGCUGCUGGGGGCGGCCCCGGGCCCGCGUCGGGGCACCGCUUUCUACCUGCCCGGCCUGGCCCCAGUCAACUUCUGUGAGAACGAUAAAAAGAGCGACGAGUGCAAGGCUGAAAUAGAACUGUUUGUGAACAGACUCGACUCAGUGGAAUCUGUUCUCCCCUAUGAAUACACAGCGUUUGACUUUUGCCAAGCAUCUGAAGGAAAACGCCCAUCUGAAAAUCUUGGUCAAGUGUUGUUCGGGGAAAGAAUUGAACCUUCACCAUACAAGUUUACAUUUAAUAAGGAGGAGACCUGUAAACUUGUUUGUACGAAAACAUACCACACAGAGAAAGCUGAAGAUAAACAAAAAUUAGAUUUCUUGAAAAAAAGCAUGUUACUGAAUUACCAGCAUCACUGGAUUGUGGACAAUAUGCCUGUAACAUGGUGUUACGAUGUGGAAGAUGGUCAGAGAUUCUGUAAUCCUGGAUUUCCUAUUGGCUGUUACAUUACAGAUAAAGGCCAUGCAAAAGAUGCAUGUGUUAUUAAUUCAGAAUUUCAUGAAAGAGAUACAUUUUACAUCUUCAACCAUGUUGACAUCAAAAUAUACUAUCAUGUUGUUGAAACUGGAUCCAUGGGAGCAAGAUUAGUGGCUGCUAAACUUGAACCAAAAAGCUUCAAACAUACACAUAUAGAUAAGCCAGACUGCUCUGGACCCCCCAUGGAUAUAAGUAACAAAGCUUCUGGGGAGAUCAAAAUUGCCUAUACUUACUCUAUUAGUUUCCAGGAAGAUAAAAAUAUCAGAUGGGCAUCUAGAUGGGACUAUAUUCUGGAGUCCAUGCCUCAUACCCACAUUCAGUGGUUUAGCAUCAUGAACUCCCUAGUCAUUGUCCUCUUCUUAUCUGGAAUGGUAGCUAUGAUCAUGUUACGGACACUUCACAAAGAUAUUGCCAGAUAUAAUCAAAUGGAUUCUACGGAGGAUGCCCAGGAGGAAUUUGGCUGGAAGCUGGUUCAUGGCGAUAUAUUCCGUCCCCCAAGAAAAGGCAUGCUGCUGUCGGUCUUCUUAGGGUCGGGGACACAGAUUUUAAUUAUGACUUUUGUGACUCUAUUUUUUGCUUGCCUGGGAUUUUUGUCUCCUGCCAACCGAGGAGCACUGAUGACGUGUGCUGUAGUGUUGUGGGUGCUGCUGGGAACUCCUGCAGGCUACGUUGCUGCCAGAUUCUACAAAUCCUUUGGAGGUGAAAAAUGGAAAACAAACGUCUUAUUGACAUCAUUUCUUUGUCCUGGGAUUGUAUUUGCCGACUUCUUCAUCAUGAAUCUGAUUCUCUGGGGAGAAGGGUCAUCAGCAGCCAUCCCCUUUGGAACGCUGGUCGCGAUCUUGGCUCUCUGGUUCUGCAUAUCGGUGCCACUGACAUUCAUUGGGGCAUACUUUGGCUUCAAGAAGAAUGCCAUCGAGCACCCAGUCCGCACCAAUCAGAUCCCGCGGCAGAUUCCUGAGCAGUCGUUCUACACAAAGCCCUUGCCUGGCAUCGUCAUGGGAGGCAUUCUGCCCUUUGGCUGCAUCUUCAUACAGCUCUUCUUCAUCCUGAAUAGUAUUUGGUCACACCAGAUGUAUUACAUGUUUGGCUUCCUCUUUCUGGUGUUUAUCAUUUUGGUUAUUACAUGUUCUGAAGCAACUAUACUUCUUUGUUAUUUCCACCUAUGUGCAGAGGAUUAUCACUGGCAGUGGCGCUCCUUCCUCACCAGUGGGUUUACUGCAGUUUAUUUCUUAAUAUAUGCAAUACACUACUUUUUUUCAAAACUACAGAUCACAGGGACAGCAAGUACGAUUCUGUACUUCGGUUAUACCAUGAUAAUGGUUUUAAUCUUCUUCCUUUUUACAGGAACAAUUGGCUUCUUUGCAUGCUUUUGGUUUGUUACCAAAAUAUACAGUGUGGUGAAGGUUGACUGAAGGAGCCCAGAGUGUCCAGGUACAAAGAAAUAAAUUCAGUUCUUCAUCAACAAAGACCUGUUUUGUGACUACCUUGAGUUUUAUCAGACUUCUUGGCCUAGUAAUCCUUCAUAAACAACAUAAUUCCAAAUACACCUCUUCCUAUACACCUGUCUCCACAAAAUGUGUUUUCGACACUAAAGCAUUUGUAUUGUGAUUUGAUUAAGUAUAUAUUCCAUUGUGCUCGGUGAAGAGAAAAUUUAAAUAUUAUGUGCAUUUGUAAAUACAAUAGCUAUAAAAUUUUCAGUACUCUGGCAGAAUAAAGGAGGCCAUAUUACAUAAUCCUGACGAAAUGCAGGACUCUUCAUUGUAAAUAGGAUUUUCUAGGCUCGGUAGGUGGAAAGAAUUAUUUUUCUUUGAAGGAAAUAACUUUUUAUCAUGGUAAUUUUGAAGGAUGAUUCCUCUGAUGUGCUCUUAGGGGGAUGUGGCUUUUCAGAAUCUUGUAUCGGCUGUAACUGUUCAUAUCUUCGUACUUUCUGUGUUGACUUCAUUAUUCCCAUGGUAUUGGCCUUCUGAACUAUGUGCCUCUGAGUCUUUCAAUUUAUAAAUUUGUUAUCUUAAUAAAUAUUGUAAAAACA